AUGACUACUUCCAAAAGCCGUCUCGCUCGUUUGCCCAAAUGGAUCAGCUUCUGGCUAGGCUAUCGAGAAACACCCCCGCCCCCUGAGCCUGCUUACGCCGCUUGGCUCUGGUCCUUCAUCGGUGCAUUUAGCGGAAUCUCCCUCGUCCAAGCCCUCUUUGGCCAUGUUCCCUACUUCGUCAACAAGGGUGUGCCUUCAAUUGGAGCGACUGCCGUCCUCAUCUAUGGUGCGAUUGAAUCCCCUUUGGCUCAACCUCGCAAUGUGAUGGGAGGCCACUUCAUAUCCGCGAUUAUCGGAAUCUGCAUCACCAAGCUCUUCCUCCUCCUACCCACCGAAGAACGAUUCAUGGAGCUUUGCUGGCUAGCUGGAUCCCUCUCGUGUGCGGUUGCGCUGGUGAUUAUGCAGAUGACUGGAACGACUCACCCUCCUGCGGGCGCUACCGCUCUCCUCGCCGCUAUCAACCCAGAGAUUCGGCGCAUAGGUUGGCUGUACAUCCCCGUCGUCAUCUUAUCGUCGACGAUCGCUGUCUUGGUCGCGCUGUUCACCAACAACAUGCAGCGAAGGUACCCUACUUACUGGUGGACGCCCGAUGACGUCGACGAGAAGAAGGGACCUAUCUUGCCGACGGUCACGCCCAUGUCCUCGGAGCCGCCUACUCCUACGGACUCGACGGCCGUUUCGAGGCGAACAAGUAUCAGCUCGUUCGACGGCAACUUCGAUUUUGAAAAGGAGCUGCAGAAGCACCAGGACAAGAUUCAGAAGGCCCAGGAGGAACGAGACAAGGAGGAGAAGGAGGAAAAGGAGGCUGUGAAGCCUGGAGAUCACAACGUCUAG